AUGCAGAGAUUUGGAUUGUGUCCAAGCUCUUUUGCCAUAUCUUCGUCUCUGAAGGCCUGUGUUAGGAUUGGGUAUGAGAUUGGUGGGAUUUCAAUUCACGGUCAAGUUCACAAAUUUGGGUUUUGUGGGGUUGUUUAUGUGCAAACUGCUCUUGUGGAUUUCUACUCUAAGUUAGGGAGUAUGGGGGUUGCACGUAAGGUGUUUGAUGAAAUGGUUGAGAAAAAUGUGGUUUCUUGGAAUUCAAUGCUAUCCGGGUUUUUGAAAUCAGGGGAUUUAGCCAUGGCUCAUAGUGUGUUUGAUGAGAUGCCGGACAAGGAUGUUGUUUCUUGGAAUUCGAUGAUUUCGGGAUAUGGGAAAGAAGGGAAUAUGGAGCAAGCAUGUGCUUUGUUUCGCUUGAUGCCCGAAAGAUAUAUAGCUUCUUGGAAUGCAAUGAUUAGUGGAUAUGGAGAUUGUGGAAAGAUAGAAUUAGCACGAAGUUUCUUUGAUGCAAUGCCUAGAAGAAACAAUGUUUCUUGGAUUACAAUGAUUAGUGGAUACUCUAAAAGUGGUGAUGUUGAGUCUGCUUGGGAUGUAUUUGACCAGAUGGGUGAGAAAGAUAUACUCUUGUACAAUUCAAUAAUAGCUUGUUAUGCUCAAAAUAGCCGAUCAAAGGAGUCCCGUCAGCUAUUCAACAAGAUGCUUGAACGCAAUGUAAAUAUUCAGACAGAUAAAAUGAUGUUUGCUAGUGUUAUAUCCGCUUGUUCUCAACUGGGAGAUCUGAUAUUGGUGUCUUGGAUCGAGGCUUAUAUGAAUCAACUUGGAAUUGGAAUGGAUUACCAUUUGGCUACUGCUUUAAUCGACUUGUAUGCUAAGUGUGGAAUUGUUGACAAGGCAUACAAUCUGUUCAGGGUUCGCAAAAGAAGGAUUGGGUUGCUUAUACUGCAAUGA